AAAUCAGAAUUUACCUAUACCUGGAGGACCAAAAGUGCAAUCUUCCCUAAAACCCUCACUUCAAAAUCACCGCAACCAUUCACACAGUCUCAAAAAUGGCCGACGGCGAAGCAGUAUGUGAAGCAGCUAGGAAUGGUGACAUCAACAGAAUUAAAUCUCUAAUUGAUUCCGGCGAUGACGUCACUUACUUUGACAAGGACGGACUUACUCCACUAAUGCACGCCGCCAAACACGGCCAUGCUGACGUGGUAAAAGCUCUUCUAGAUGCAGGUGCACCGUGGAAUGCCCUAACUCCUUCAAAUGUAUCUGCUGGUGACUUCGCUAUGGAUGCUGGUCAUCAACAAGCCUUUGACGUUCUUCUCAAUUCUGCAAUCCAGGCAGAAUUAAUCCUUGGGACAAUUGCAAGGAAGGAGAAUGUUACAGGGAACUCAGAUGGGGACUAUUUAGAUGAUAGAGUUACUUUUAGUGAAGAUAAGAUUAUGGACUCUGAUAGUAAGGCUAUAAUGAUGGCUUGGGAGAAGCCAUUGAUGGAAGCUCACGCGAAGGCUAUCUGCUCAAAUGGUGGCCACAUACUGAAUAUUGGAUUUGGGAUGGGCCUCGUAGAUACCGCCAUACAGCAAUAUGCACCACUAUCACACACUAUUGUCGAAGCUCACCCAGAGGUCUAUGAUCGUAUGAUACGCGCUGGUUGGGGCGCCAAGGAGAAUGUGAAAAUCAUAUUUGGUCGGUGGCAAGAUGUCAUUUCUGAACUUGAAUCCUACGAUGGCAUAUUUUUUGAUACUUAUGGGGAAUAUUACGAAGAUAUGCGGGAAUUUCAUCAACAUCUUCCAAGAUUAUUGAAGCCUGGUGGUAUAUAUUCAUUUUUUAAUGGUCUAUGUGGAGGUAACCCUUUCUUUCAUAUCGUUUACUGUCAGUUAGUCUCUCUAGAACUUGAGAGUUCGGGAUAUUCUACGCAGCUGAUACCAUUACCAGUGAAGGACUGUUUAAGUGAAUCAGUGUGGGAGGGUGUUAAACAGAAGUACUGGCAGUUAGAUACGUAUUACCUUCCUGUUUGUCAGUCUAUGAGUGAAUCAGAAUAAUAUUUAUGGAGCACUGAUAAUGUGGCAUCAGAUGAAUGCCUCCUAGGAUACUCUUCUUUUUUUGUUGUGUAUUCAUUUUGUAACGAAUUUGGUAGUAUUUUCACAUAUUCAAUUUUGAGAUAUUGUUAUGCUGCUUA